UCCCGAGGCCCGCGGGACGAAGCAGAUGCGCUGCACAGCCGUUCAGCUCUGUUUUCGCUCCGACAGCCUGAGCGUCUUUGCAAGAGUUGGAGCUUCCAAGCAGUCCCUCUUGGGCUGUUUCCUUUCGCUGGACAAGAACUCCGAGAGUGGAGAAGGAGACAGGGCUCCAGUAGAACAGGACCUUCUCCUGGCGGCUGCCUAUGUUUCUGAUGCCCAGUACAACAGGAAUGUUCCAUUUGAGACAUCCCCUCAGGCCAUCAGAUUUUACUAUUUUUAUAACCACUGGACCAUGCAAGUAGCCACCUACUUCUUCAUUUGUGUAGAUCUUUCUCUCGCCCUGUUCGAGGAACCCGCAUUGUUUCCACUGCCUUUCUUGGCUACCUCGAUAGCAGAAGUACUCUGCCUGACCGCAUUCUUUGGGAGACUUGUACAUUUUGCGAAAGUCACUCCUCAAGUGGUUUUCUGGAAGGAUACAAAAAACAUCUGCAUCGUGGUAACGAUAGUGCUGACCUUGAUUGACCUGAUUAUCUAUGGGUCCCUGGAAGCUGUUAACAUCCACAGCGUCCGAUGGUCAAGGGUCUUAAGGCCAGUCUUCCUAAUUAACUUUCCCGAAAGUCGUCAGAUCCGCAGGGCUUUCCGAAGCAUCCGGAACACUCUGCCUGAUAUCCUCUACGUGUUUCUCUUGUUUAUGUUCAGUGUGCUCAUGUUCUCCCUCAUGGCCUUGAAGCUUUUUGGGGAUAGGGGUCUUAAAACAGUGGAAGGAUCGCCGUACUUCACGAACAUCCUGGAGAUAGCGUUUGAGCUCUACGUGCUGGUCACGACCGCUAACAGCCCCGAUGUCAUGAUGCCUGCCUAUGACUUCAAUUGGUGGUAUUCUCUGUACUUUAUAACCUACGUCAUCAUCAACACCUACAUCUUCAUGUCCGUCUUUCUGGCCGUGGUCUACAACAAUUACAGGAAGCACCUAAAGAAUGAGAUUCGCAAACUGGUGUACCUGAAACGUCACAAAAUGAUAGAGGCUUUCAACAUUCUGAAAGUCAAGGUGGGCACAGAGUUUGUGGUUGAGGAGGCCCAGUGGAAGCGGCUGGCCAAGGUCGUGGCGCCAGACAUCAGCAGCUCCCACCUGGAGCUCCUUUUGAGGAUCUCCGACGAGGGACAGAAGGGGCACGUGGACAAAAUGAACUUUCUACGCUUGGCUGACCUCCUCAAUAUCCGGGUGAUCGCCAUCAACAUCAAGAGACACCCGUUGGAAACCUGGGUGCCCCGGGUGUACCAGUCGUCGGCAAGCCUCUGGGUCCAGAAGAUGGUUCGGCACAGGGCUUUUGUCUGGGUUUAUGACAUCAUCAUUCUAAUCAAUGCCAUAUUCAUUGCUCUGGAUGAGAGAAACCCCUUCAUUGCCUAUGCAGAAUGGCUUUUCCUUUCUCUCUACAUUAUUGAGAUUCUCCUGAAACUGUACACGUAUGAGCCCAGAGCCUAUUUUGGAAGAAGGCAGUUCUGGAACUGGUUUGAUGUGCUGAUCAUCAUCGCAGCCCUGGUGGCCACUGUGGCCAACACCACCAUUCAGUCAGCAAGAAAAUACAACAGUCAGCAGAUACUGGAUAUCGUCUUGAUAUUGCGAAUACUCCGGCUCUUACGGGUCAUUGUCAGCAUUCAGAGGUUCCGGGUUAUCGUGACCACCUUAAUUAACAUCGGCCCCACCAUGCUGACAUUUGGCGGCCUUGUCCUGGUGGUCUACUACGUGUUUGCUAUCAUUGGGAUGGAAGUGUUCCGUGGCAAAGUCCGGUUCUUCAACCCGAAUUUCACCACCCCUGAUGCCCCGGUGUGUGGGAACCCAGCCCUGAAGGACUCGGCCUUUGCCCGAAGCAGGUACUGUAAGAACAACUUCAACGACCUCGCCUCGGCGUUCGUCGUGCUGAUGGAGCUCACGGUGGUGAACCAGUGGCACGUCAUUGCAGGCGGCUUUGCCCUCGUGACUCACCAGGCGGCAAAGUUGUACUUCAUCGGGUUCCACGUCGUGGUCGUCAUCCUCAUUGUAAAUAUUUUCAUAGCGUUCAUCUUGGAGGCGUUUUUUGUGGCAUACUCGUUAGAAAAGAGCGAAGUAGAAACCGCUAUUGAGAAGAAGAUUCAAGAGCUUGGAGUGGGAAUCCAAGAGGAAGAUAUGCAGGACGGGAAGCUCAUUGAUAACGUGGACGCCAAGGAUGGUGGCUUUAGUGGGGAUGAUGGAGACAACAAAAGGAAGGCCUUGAAAGGAUUGUACUUCAGAAUUGCAUCAAAAAAAUACAGGACCGUGGAUGCCUUGCUGCAGCAGAUGUUUGAGUCUGAAAUUGCCCCUGAGGAUGAAGGCCCCUCCUUGGAUGAGAUUCUGAACUCCUCACCCAGUGACGUAUAUCCCAAGACUCCCAGUUUGGAAAACAGUGCAUGAUACUGGGUUUGUAAGGGCCCUCAGCUGGAAACCGAGAUAAGCUGUCAUCGCUUUUGCAUAUGCUGUCUAGACAUUAUUUUCCUAGCCGGGGUUCCCUCCGGUGUUCUGAUAAGCCUGAGAAUUGGCCUCACCUGUGUGACUGGUCAGCUGAAAGGUGUGGAAAGGCUGCCUCUGUGUGCCCCACCUGAGGUUGUUCUGAGGCCUGAUCAUGCAGGUAAAGAACGGAAAAUUUAUGAAGAUCGUGAGAAGCACUUAUCACACACAUGUACGUACGCGUGUAAAGUCCGUUCAAUGGGUAUUUAAAGGUUUUCAUUUAUAUAUUUUUCUAUUCUGUUAAAUGAAUACUGUGCUACAAUAUUAUAUGAAUGAAUUUUGAAUAUUUAAAUAUGGUAAAGGAUGGGGCCGGCCCCGUGGCUUAGCGGUUAAGUGCGCGCGCUCCGCUGCUGGCGGCCCGGGUUCGGAUCCCAGGUGCGCACCGACGCACCGCUUCUCCGGCCAUGCUGAGGCCGCGUCCCACAUACAGCAACUAGAAGGAUGUGCAGCUAUGACAUACAACUAUCUACUGGGGCUUUGGGGGGAAAAAUAAAUAAAUAAAUAAAAUUAUAAAAAAAAAUAUGGUAAAGGAAUACGUUCUAGUACAGUAGCUUUUAAAGGCAAUGCUUAUUCAACAUGAAGAAAAAUAUAAAUGUGAAAAUAAAAUUAUCACAAUUGCUUCUUUUUCGAGGGAGGCUCUCAAAGCCACUUUAAUUAAAUUACAAUUACAGCAAGAUUUUGAGUAAGUCACCCUCUGAGGUCACUUUCUCCAGCUGGAAAUCUCCCAGUACAGUGACUGGAGAUUUUAUUUUGUUUGUUUGAAAAUUUUUAAAUUGGGAUAAAAUACACAACAUAAAAUUUACCAUCGUGACCAUUUCUAAGUGUACCGUUCAGUGGCUUUAAGUAUAUUCACAUUGUGCAACUGAUCUCCAGAACUUUUCAUCGUCCCAAAUGAAACUCUGUAACCAUUAAACACUAACUCCCUAUUGUCUCCUCCUCCAGCCCCUGGCAACCACUGUUCUGCUUUCUGUCUCUGCGAACGUGGCUACUGUAGGUCGCAGUUGCAUUAUGAGCAAGUGUAAUCCUUUCCAGAGUUGUCAGAGUCAUGGCUUCUCCUUCUGCACCUUGUCACAGGCCCACUGUAAGGCAGGGGAAUUGGUGGGACACGUCUCCAGGACCUGAGGUCUCUGAGUGCA